UUUGCUUCAACCGUUAAAAACUUUAUCCCCACCCUGUCACUUCCUCCCCACCCUGCUAGGAGGGGGGGGUUGGGAAGUGAACUACGGUACAGUACACCAGCUGCAGGUAUUGAUUUUCUUACUCCGGUACGAUGAUGGUGGGUCACCUCUUCCCGACAUGCAACAAGGUUUUUGGUGCGGCGGCCAGACCCGUACAGCGCAUUAUAAUUUCUGCUUAUCCACCACUGCAACACAUGUAACGAUAAUUCAAGGUACGGGUCGGCCCUCCCAACCACUGCAAGCAUUUAAUUUUCCUCCCGCACGUCACGGUCUGGAGGCACGUGGACUACAGGACGGCUCCUAAUGGAUCACCGCCGGACGGUUCGAUACCUCUACUCCCGGGGGUUGUUCGUGUGUUUGUGCGAGUGUGAACGACGAGCGGUCAUAAAAUGGAUUCCAGUAAAGUUGAAAUUACUUUAGCGAGCCCCAUGCCCUGCAUCUUCACCGGCGUUAAGGUACACUCCGACAUGCCAGACCCGGUGUGGUUAGAACUUUCCUGCCUAGUUGCGUUUUUUUUGUUGCAAUGGAAUAAAAAUAGCAUAAAUUUAGGCGAAGCUUUUCCAACCCGGGCUAAGUAGUACUCACUGUGCGGUGUGCAUGGCUGGUUGUAAUGCGGGCUCGGCGUGAAUGUAAUCAACGUUCUGAAUGACUCGCCUGCAGCAACACGAACGAACCUUCCCUCCGAACCAGACGUUGCGUGUAUGUGUGUCGAUUCCGAACCAUUGAACGUUGCUUUAAACGGCGGGAAAGCAACAAAAAACGCCCGGUGAACUGAACGUAGUAGCUUCAUAAAGUUCAGGUGUCUGGACACUCGCUGACGUGCACAAUAUGUGGCAAUCAAGUCCUGUCCGGUGAGUUGCCUUUGCUUUUUGCUAUCGCGUGCAGCACCUCUUUUCCCGGUGAAAAUAGUAUCGCAAUUGAAGGGGGUAGACAAUCAUUCGCCCGAUGGGAAUACUACCUAGAUACGGCUGUAAUUUAAUCGAUAUAGCAUCGAUUCCCGUUGCUAGGAGGAACGCGAGGAAAACUUCGCCCAACGAUAGUGGACGCUCUGCUUAGGCAAACAGUUGCAUUUCGUUUGCCGUUAGUGUUUGGUCCCAAAUUUACCGUGCAGCACAAUGCCGAAGGAAAAGAAGCCGAAAAAACCGAAAAAAGCCGUCCCGGAGAUACAGCCCGUCGAUGGCUUAAGUGCGGUGGAUCGUCAGUUCUACGAAAUCACCAUCAACGAUCUGAACCAAAAGUUGGCCCGUCUCCGCACGCACAAUGUGAAGAUUGAGGAGCGCAACGAGGACCUCGAAAGUCGGCUCAAACAAAUCGAGGAAGACCGGGCCGAUGUGACGGCCUACCUGGACCGAACGCUGCAGGAAAAGGUGGGCACCAUCGUGGAGCUGGAGGACAAGCUGAGCGAGCUGUCGAAGGUGCGGGAUCAGGAGAAUGAAGAGUGCCGCAAGCAGAUUAACGCUCUCGACGGGAAGUAUAAGGCGAUGCACGAACAGCUCACGUCCGAGAUAAAGCUGCUGACCGGCAAGCUAAACUCGAUGGAAGAGUUCCGACUGCAGCGCGACGAGCUGAUGGCCAAGUUCGAUGCACAGGACAGUGAGCUGAAGGAGCAAAACAAGCGGCACAAGUCCACCCUCUACGAGAUGGAACGCAAGGUGAUACUGGAUAAGGACCGGCUACGUAAGGAUGUGGAGAACAAGCUACUUCAGCUAUCGACCGAGUUCACAAAGUCGUCUGAAAUUCGAGUAGCCGCUCACACGCAGCGCUUGGUGCGAGAAAACAUCGCCCUAAACAACGAGAUGGAUCGCAUGAUCUACACCCAGGAACGCAUGCAAAAACAAUUCACCGAACUCCGCAAACAGAACACGGAGCUUCGAAACCAGGCGGAGAUAGAUCUGGUCGAGAAGCAGCGACUGAUGCAGACCUGCCAAGAGCGGCUAGAAACGAUCAAGCAGCUGACGGAUCAGUUCGAAACCGUGCUGCAGAAGAAUGGCGAGCUGAACGCGUUCCGGCUGCGUGCCGAAGAGCUGGAGACGGAGAACAAGACCACCCGCAAGGACUACAACCAGCUGCGGCAGAAGGUGCGUGUACUGGAGCAGUACAUCCACUACAUCAACUCCGAUCGGCAGGGUUUGCGCUCGGACUCGGAUCACCACCGGCGAGAGUUUGAGCGCAUCUCGGACAUUCUGAAGACGGUCCGCUACACCGUACGGUCAGCGUUCAAGGGCGAAGAGGAAGACUCCGACCUACCGUACCAGGAGAUCAAGCGAAAGCGGCUCAUUGCCGACCUGCUCAACACACUGAACGAGCUGGAGAUGCAAUCGAAGGCGGACCAAUCGGUUGAGACGAUCGUCGCCUCGCUGACGGACGUGUACGAUCAGGGUGAUCUUGGCGUUAUCCCCCGCGAAUCCAUGGACACCAUCCUGAGGAAAACGCAGGGCUGCGAGGAAGCAAGCGAAUCGGCCAUUAUCAGCUCCAGCACGACUGCUUCGUCGGUGGGCGAAGGAGAUCGUGCGGAGGGCGUCAGCAAAACGACACUCGCUGGAGCCAGCGAGGACGAGGCGGCCAUUAUUGAUGUUGUCAGUGGUUCGCGGCUCGUGUUUCUGGGUUCGAACGAAUCGCUCGAGGAGGAGGAGGAGGGUGACGGUGAGGGUGGGGAAGGCGCCAGCGAGGAGGAGGAGGAGGGUGACGAUGAGGAUGGCGCAGGUGGCCAGGCGAAGAAGAAAGACGAUGAAGUGGAGGAUGAUGGAGAGUUUGGAGAUGAGGAGGAAAGUCAGCAACAGCAGCGGCAAGGUUCGGCCAUGGACGAUAAGGACGGCAUCAUUGUCGACGCACCGGAGUCGAUCGAGGACGAAACGAUCGAGUUUGCUGGUUCGAAGAGUGAUUCGGAUUGAGAAUAAAGAUCCGACCUUGGGUGGAUCGGCCAAUAAA